CCAAAAAUUAGCAACUUUGCUUGACACUUCAUCCACCCCAACGAGCCAACAAGGCUCUAAAGUACGAAUGUGCUUUAAUAUUUCUCGGGAUUCACGAGAAUCGAACCUGAAUAUCAGGAUUACAGACUACCUGACUAUCCGAUCCCGCACUUUAUAAAAUCGCAUAAUAUUGUUUGCACAACAGCCUGAAAGAGCAAAUCGCUGGCAAUGGUUCGCAAAAGUCUUCAACCUCCCAAAACAGGUCUUGAGGCCCUUAAGUCGUUCAACGCGGAUAAAUAUCUAAAAAAGAUAGGUCUGGGGAAGGAGGAUCAUUAUUUCUGGAAACAAGUAGGCAAAAGCUUGCUAUGCACGUAUGCAUUGUUUGGAACUGCAUGGUUGUACAACGAAACAUCGCCUCUCGGCUGGUGGACACUUAAGCCAAAACCCAAGGAGGAAAAAGAGCUGGCACAUUUGUACGAGCGUCGCCAAUUUCCAUAUCCUGGUGAUGCAGAGGCAAUGGAGGAGUUUAUAGCGCAAGGCGGGAUGAUUGGGACCACCAUUGGGCCGAAAGGGGGGCCUGAAACGGAUAAAGACUCCGUAAAUUUUCAGAAGCAGUUGCAGGACAGGAAGUUUGAGAAUGAAGCUUUUAAGAUGUGGGUGAGGAUGAGGAAUGAAGUUGUUGCAGAACUUCAGAGUAAAGGGUAUGAUGUUGAGUAAUUGUUCUGAUCAUUCUUUAUCAAGAACUAUAUAAUGUUUGAUGUGAGUUCAGGUUAGGAGGGGAUUGUUGUUAAUAAACAGGGGUUUUACAGAGUGGUGCAUCAUAGAAACAUUAAGCAGGUUUGCUGUGUUUGCAAAUAAAAUUAUUUUGGUAUACUAGCAAUAUGUUUUGUUUGA